AUGAAAGCUGACCGACUUUGGAUUCGAUGGCUUGACACAUUCUAUUUCAAAGGUGAUGAUAUUUUACAAUGGCAAGCCACAACAAAUAGUUCAUGGAUUUUGAAGAAAAUUGUGAAGCAUAAGGAAGCCUUGAGCACGAGUAAGCAUUGGAUGGAGGCGGUAACUACCGGCCAUUACAAAACUGGAGCCAUGUACAAGGAUUUGAAGGGUGAAGUGGAACAUGUCGGAUGGAAGAAGAUAUUGGUUGAUAACCAUGCUAGACCACGAUCAUGUUUCACAUUGUGGAUGACGCUUAUGAAACGAUUUCCCACAAAGGAGAGAUUACUUAGAUUAGGCAUCAAUGUGGACUUGAAGUGCUGCUACUGUGAUUACAACAAAAACAUACAACACCUUUUCUUUGGCUGCAACUACACCAAAGAUAUCUGGCAGCAAAUCCUUGGCUAA